CAUAACCGUACAUAUAUAACACUUUAAUUUCAAUUUCAUAUAUGUAUUUUGAUAUAUUUACUUCUUUUAUGAUUUGCUAAUUCGUUCAUUUCUCUUACAGUUUUGAGUUCUUGACAAUGCCUAUUAUAAAGAAAAUAAUUACAAAAGAAGAAGGUUUACGACCAGUCCUAGUUGAUUUCCAAAAUAGCAAAAUUAACUCAAACGAAGGUGAUAAUGUAAAGUCAUCCUUGUAUAAAAGUGGAGACGGCAAAACUGUUGUUGGAGUUACCAAUGGUAAUAUGUUAUAUACAGGAGUGAUUGAUACCGAAAAUGACUUAUACAACAACUUCCUAUUAGUCCAUAACAAAAAUACCGGAAAAGUUCGUUUGAUACAAGUGGAUUGUUGCACUGUCUCUCCAUUGCUAGACAAGAAAAGCAAUUUAAUGGACGUUUCUAUAGCAACAACUGCAAGCUCAGUUUCAGAAUUAAACAAACAGUUUGGAUCAAAGAAAACUAAAAGGAGUACUGAACAGCAGGAACGUUUGAAGAUGAACAUUAAUACCGUAAAAGAACAACUGGAGAAAACUAUUACAGAUAUAAAAGUUGAUGAAGUCAAUACAAAUUUUGCCACAUCUAAUGAAAAUGAUAGUCUUUAUAGGCCAAAAAUUAAUAGAGAUGCAUCUACGAUAGAUCAAGUGUAUAAUGUGGAAGAUAUAGUGCCAAAGAGUGUGCUGGAAUCACUUGGUAAUGAAGCAAAAACCAUAUCCGAAGGAGGUGAUUUAGAUGAUUAUAGCCUUACUUCGUUUGCUUCUACAAAUAUAUCCGAAAUUGUGACAUCUUCGAAUGAGACGAAAAUUUAUAAAAUUGCUGUAUUUUUAUACAUAAACUAUCUGAUAAAAUUUAUGAAUACGCCAAUGAAAUCCAUCACAAAGAAGUUUGUAGUCUGUGAUAAAUCUCCAGAAGUAAAUAGUCAUAUUUUGGAUAAUUAUUCAUUUAUUACAGGCACCCACCAUAGGAACAGGCCACUGUCAAUGAAAGAUAAAGCGUUAUGUUCUAUACUGGUAUUAGCGGCAGUGGCUGGGAAUUAUCAGGUUAAUGUUGAAACACUCUCCAAAGAUUUCAAAAUUGGAAUCAAGAAAGUACUGGAAAUUUCUAGGGUACUCGCGUUUAACAUUUCCGGCAAAAAUAGGACCGUUGUCACUUUAAAAUUGCCUUUGCCAGAACCUGUUUCGCUCUCUUUUAAAAGGAAGAGAAAGUGAAUUAAUAAGGAAUCGUUUGUGAUCUGUUGUUAUUUUGGAAGAAAAAGAAAUAUGUUUUUUACUUUGUUGAGAAUGUUACCUAAUUAUUUGAAUAAUAAAAUAUGUCAAAACCUA